UAACUUCCCUCUAACAUGGAUGAACUUAGAUUUACGUCUAGUUUUAGAAAUUUCUGCUACUUACCGAUUUGUUACUUUCUCAACUAGCUAUAAAUAGAUGGGAGUAACACCCUUUUGUUUAUAUUGAUCUGGGUGAGAGUGUGGUACAUAAACCAGCAAUGGACAAGGCACGAUUCGGGUUUUUCUUCAUGUUGCUCAUUAUCCUUGCUUCUGAGAUGAUGGUUCAAACGGAGGGAAGACACUGUGAGUCAAAGAGCCAUCGAUUUAAGGGGAUGUGCGUCAGCCACCAAAACUGUGCUUCGGUUUGCCAUGUUGAAGGCUUCACUGGUGGCCACUGUCGCGGAUUUCGUAGACGCUGCUUCUGCACCAGGCACUGUUAGUUGCUCCAUGCAAUUUCAUCUCUCGUUGCUCUUUCAAGUUAA